AUGGCCUCCAAGCUGCGAAUCUUCGCCUUGUUAUAUUACUUGGCAGUGGCGGUCUUCGGCUUGUUGAUUGCAGCCUGGCUGUCCAGCAUCCAUCGCACGCCGCUGCCGCGGGAGGAGAUCGAUGCGCUGGCACAGGUAGCGGCCGUGAAAGCGUGGUCAAAGGGCACCGUCCAGCUCAGCGCAGAUGGCACACUUGAGGCAGAGGCGCAAAGAUUCGCCUCCGCGUUGUCACAAGCAUUGGGCGGCGAGAUCGUCGUGACGGUAGCGCCGGCCUCAGCAGGCGAGCCUGCGUGUACCAACAAGGACAGCUCGCCGGAGUCCUGUGCAGAAGCCUUGGAGGCUUCUGCAGACGUUGCGCUUGUGCGCCACAAGUUUGAGCUGAUGUGGGUCGCCGCGGACAGCACGGCCUUGGUCUUGGGCACUGGGCGCCGCGCAUAUUUGCGCUGGCAGCGUGGGAAGCCGACAUUGGAGGAGCUGGCAAGCUCCACCGCCAAACUCCUGCAGGACAGCUGGUUUCGAAAAGUCUCGCUGGAUGGAGGGGCCUCGCUCUUCGAGAUCACUCCAGCGUACGUCUUUAGCUUCCUGCUCGUGGGCGACUGCGGGGCACGGGUGUCCUGGAGCUUCUUUGACGUUGUUCUCUUGCCGUAUUUGUCGCGACUGCUGGAGAAACUGAAAGUCCUCUUCGACAUCGAGGUGAAUUCUCAGGUGGUCAUGUGCGGCUCGCUGGGCAACUCAUUGGAGCCAAAGGAUCAGGACUCCCAGAGCGUGGUGGAUACGUCCAUGCUGCAGGCAGAUUUCAUGCGACGUACCGGUGAGUGGCCACCUGACGCCCUCACUCGCGACGCCCGGUGGCUGCCGCCGCUGGUGCGCCUGGUGGCCUUUAAGCCCUCCACCCCGGUGGUGCUGGCGGAUGACAAGGGUGAGGCUCAGUACUCCUUUGCAGUGCAGGGUUUUGGGGCAGUCGCCAUCGCACAUUGCGACACAGGCGCCAAUGCCAGCGGCGAGGUGACCGACUGUGAAGCCCAAAGAGUGGCUUCCGGCUGGAUCUCCAGCUUGCGUUCGUGGCUGUCCUUGCCUGCCAAUGAGUCAGUCACAGGCGCCGGAAUCGGCGAUGGCGUGUCGCUCUUGGCAGCCAGGCCCAGGAUGGAUGGCAUUUCCGACUGGGAGCUGCAGAUGCUGGCGCGAGCUGUUCACGGCCAUUUUGUCCAGAGGACUGCCGAGACCUUGCGCAGCUUGGUGGAGCUGGUCGACUCCCUACCAGAUGUGGUGGUCCGUGAGGAGAUCGGCGCAAUGGCGUUCAAGGCGGCAGCGAAAGCCCAGGCAUCCACUGAUGCGGCCGCAGCUGGCGACGUACAGCUUGCCCUUGCUGAGGCACGGGAGGCUUUGAUCCUGGCACUCACCGCCAUCCACGACGACUCCGUGGUCUCGCAGCUGUACUUCUCUUGGGAGUUCAAGUAUGCUGUGUAUUUGCCGAUCUCCAUGCCCAUCCUGGUGCCGCUUUCGGCCUCAGUUGGGCGCCAUUUGCGGUCCAUGCUCUUGGCUUGCCUCCGACGUGUCAAGCGAUGA